AUUUGGUAGUCUAUAUUACCAAGUAUAUACUGUUUGAGAAGCCCAUCUUGUUCACGAAAAACUUGAAGCUCUAGUUUCUCUGAUCCAUAUUUUCAUCUCCCAUGGCUUCCACUGAUCACCAUUAUCAGCUUCACUUCAUUCUGAUUCCUCUAAUGGCCCAAGGCCACAUUAUCCCCAUGACUGACAUAGCCAGAUUGCUAGCCCAGCACGGCGUCACCGUCACCAUCGUCUCCACCCCAGUUAACGCUUUCCGAUUCAAGCCCACCAUAGAUCGAGCAGAGGAAUCUGGCCUCCAAAUCCGACUUCUUCAACUUCGUUUCCCAUCUACAGAUUUCGGGCUACCUGAGGGUUGUGAAAACAUGGACAAUGUCCCCUCACGAGAACUAAUCAUAAACUUCUUCAACGCAACGAGCAUGCUUCAACCAGCCUUAGAACAAUCUCUUCAAGAAAUGGUUCCAAACCCAAGUUGCUUAAUCUCCGAUGUAGGUCUCCCAUGGACAUCCCAUACUGCUCUUAAGUUUGGGAUUCCAAGGUUUUGCUUCAACGGUACGUCUUGCUUCACUCUCUUAUGCAACCAAAACUUAGUCCUUUACAAGCCACAACACAGUGUCGAAAACGAUUCGGAGCCCUUCGUGGUUCCAGGAAUGCCUCAUCGAAUCCAGCUAACAAAGGGUCAGCUAGCAGGAACUGUUCGUGAAGAUGAACCCACAUUUCAUGAACUCCGAAAACAAAUCAUAGAGGCUGAGGGAACAUCUGAUGGUGUGGUGGUUAACAGUUUCUAUGAAUUAGAAUCUAGUUAUGUAGAUGAGUACCAGAAGCUUAUGGGGAAGAAAGCCUAUUGUGUUGGCCCUGUGUCGUCACUAUACAAAAAAGAGGCCUCCUCAGGAAAGGCUAACAGAGGUAAUAAAGCAGCCAUUGAUGAAGACAAAUGCUUGGAGUGGUUGGAUUCAAAAGAGGCAGCAUCUGUAGUUUACGUCUGUUUUGGGAGCCUAUGUCCCUUGGCUCCUUCACAAUUGAUAGAAAUUGGAUUGGCCUUGGAGAGAUCGAAUCACCCAUUUAUAUGGGUAAUCAAACAAAUAUCACAAGAGUUGGAGAAAUGGUUAUUGGAAGAAGGAUUUGAAGAGAGGACGAAAGGAAGAGGUCUAUUGAUCAGGGGUUGGGCGCCACAAGUGUUGAUCUUGUCACACAGGGCGGUGGGAGGGUUUGUAACACAUUGUGGAUGGAACUCGACCCUGGAAGGGGUGAGUGCAGGUGUGCCUAUGAUAACAUGGCCCAUGUUUGCGGAUCAAUUCUAUAACGAGAAGCUGAUUGUGCAGAUUUGGGGGAUUGGAGUGAGGAUUGGUGUUGAAGACUGUUGUCUGGUCGGGGAAGGAGAAAAGCUUGGGGUGUAUGUGAAGGGAGAAGAGAUUGAGAAGGCCAUUAGGAUGUUAAUGGAUGGUGGGGAGGAAGGAGAAGUGGUAAGGGAAAAAGCGAGAGUGGUUGAGGAUUUAGCAAACAGAGCAGUUGAAGAAGGGGGUUCUUCUCAUCUCAAUAUCUCACUCUUUAUUCAAGAUGUCAUGCGUCAGGUUGAGCAGAAACAUUCUGAAACAAUCAAUUAGGAGAGAGGAGUUGAUUUUGAAGCGAAAUCAUAGAGAGAUUUUAUGGAUUAAAUAUUUUUUUGAAACUUUUUUUUUUUUAAUGAUUCCACUAUGUAAGGAUAAAUCAAGCUCUUGAUUAGUAGUUGUUUUCAGAUUAGCAUUUACUUCAUCGUGCACAGAGCAACUCGGAAUGGCGCAGGUGGGAUAUAUUUAAAAACAA